AUGGAAAGAAUUAUUAUCAAUACACAUGCUGCACCAGCUGCCCCAGCUGCACCUAAAGCAACUGUUGGCGAAUGGAACAUAGUUGGAAAAACCGGAGUAUCCGCGAUGCAUUUAGUUCUUGUCCGACCCACAAAGGCCUUAAUAAUCGACAAAGCGGAAAAAAAUCCCGAUGUCGCCAAUGCAGACGGAACAUUCGCAUUAUCGACAGAAUAUGAUCUUCUGACAAACACGUAUCGUCCUCUCAAAUUAAUCACAAAUACCUUUUGUUCUGCUGGUUCCUUUUUUGAAAAUGGCACUUUGGCUGAAGCUGGUGGUGCAGAAGUUGCCUUUGGACAUAAGGAAGGUUUUCAAUCGCUUCGGUUAUUUGAUGCUUGUGAUGAUAAAACUUGUGAUUGGGUAGAAUAUCCUGGUUAUUUAAAUAGUAAUAGAUGGUAUACUACUAUGACAUCACUUCCCGAUGGUAGAGUUUUUAUUUUGGGCGGAUCAACGAAAGCUACUGGAGUCAACAAACAAGAUAUUCAAAAUCCUACAUUUGAAUUCCUUCCAAAUAGUGGCGUAGAAGCUCCUAAAGCACCAAUGCAAUUCUUGAUAGAUACCUUCCCAUAUAAUUUAUAUGUAACAGUUAUAGUGGUUCCAGGUCCACCUGAACAAAAUUGGUUAUUCCUUGCUGCUAAUAAAAAAGCACAGAUCUGGGACUUUGGAACUCAAAAAACAGUAAAACAAUUACCUGAUAUACCAGGUGGUCCACGUACCUACCCACUCACCGCCGCCACUACUCUCCUUCCUCUUAGCUACGAGAACAAUUAUGCCCCCGAAGUAUUGAUUUGCGGUGGUGGUACCGACAUUGUGCCAGCCGCACCAACCGAAAAUACGUGUGUCAGACUUAAUUUGGUUGAAGCAAAUGGUGUAUGGGACCAAGAAGAAUUCGGUGGAAUGCCUAAAGGUCGUGUAAUGGGUGAUCCGGUCCAUUUACCUGAUGGUAAAGUUCUUAUUGUUAACGGUGCUGCAGUUGGUUUUGCUGGUUAUGAUAGAGGACCACCUGAAAAUAGAAUUAAUGUGGCAAGCGAACCCACAUUUACUCCUCUUGUCUACGAUCCUAAAGCUGCCAAAGGAGCCAGAUGGGCUAAAUGGGCUGACAGCACUGUCAUUCGUGGCUACCAUUCUGUUGCCACUCUAAUUCCUGAUGGUACCGUGUUUGUUGCUGGUAGUAAUCCAAAUGAAAUCUUUACACCACCUUAUCUUUUGAAUGGAACACCAAGACCUACCAUACUAUCAGUAGCCGGACUAAAAGAACUUAAUGGCAUAAAUCCUAUUCCAGUUACAUUCGGACAACUCGUCACAGUUACAAUUCAAAUCAGCGCAACAGCAGUGCCCGAUGAUAUUAUAGUAUCACUUGUUCAUAUGGGCUUCAUAACACAUUCACAACAUAUGUCAUCAAGAUAUAUUAGAUUAAAGGUAGAAAAUUUAAUACCUACAGAUAUAGGCUAUGCUAUUGAUGUAACCAUGCCACCAAAUGGUAAUAUGUUCCCUCCUGGUAGACAUCAUUAUCUUUUCGUAACAUACAAGGGUACACCAGCUGCUAGUGCUGUUGAAGUCAAACUUCAAAAGGCUGCUACUUAG